UCUUCUAUAAAAGAGAAUCAAAAAUAAAAUAAAAUAAAGAGACAAAAUAUUUUGGUUUCUUUUUCUUAUUAACAAUAGAUAUUCUGUUUAACAUCCUGCCUUUUUAUUAAACAUAUAUAAAUCAUAUAGUUUAUAAAAACAAAAAAACAAGGGAAACAAAUAUACAUAUACAUACAUAUCUAUUUUAUCUUUUUAAUAGAAUGGGAUAUUCUCUUCAACUUUAUACUGUUUGUGCAUUUGCAGCCAUUGGUGGUUUUUGUUUUGGUUAUGAUUCUGGUGUCAUUUCUGGUGUCUUGACCAUGCCACCAUUUAUUGAAGCUAUGACGGGUGGCGAAAAGUACCUUAAAGCGAUCCAAACUUCAGUUAUUACAGGUUUAUUAUUAGCUGGUUGUUUCGUUGGUUCUCUUUUUGCUGGUCAACUUUGUGAAAUAAUCUCUCGUAAAUAUACCAUCAUUCUUGCCUCGGCUGUUUUUUGUAUUGGUGCUGCCGUUCAAACAGCUGCUCAAAACUAUGAUAUGAUGAUUGCUGGUCGUUUUGUCGCAGGUCUUGGUGUCGGUUCACUUUCAAUGGCUGUCCCUGUUUACUUAUCUGAACUUGCACCUAAGGAAAUUCGUGGUCGUCUCAUCUCUCUUCAACAACUAAUGAUUACAAUUGGUCUCAUGGUUGCCUUCUGGGUUGGUGCUGGUACUCAAUAUAUUGAGACCAAGGCUGCAUACAGGAUUCCUCUUGGUAUUCAAAUCGCUCCUGCCUUUAUCCUUGGUGUCGGCUCCAUCUUCCUUCCUUUCUCUCCUCGAUGGUUAGUUAACAAGGGACGUAAUGAUGAGGCCUUGGGCGUCCUUGCCCGUCUUCAUUCAAAAGGCGAUAAGACGGCGCCUCAUGUCGUUGCUGAAUAUGAAGAAAUUGUGGCUCAAGUCGAGCAUGAACGUACUGUGUCAGUCUCAAGUUAUUUCGAACUCCUUAAAGGUACUGUCCGUAGAAGACUCAUCUUGGGUGUCCUUAUUCAGGUUUUCCAACAAUUUACUGGUAUCAAUUCGAUCAUGUAUUAUGCUCCUGUUAUUUUCCAACAAGCCGGUAUCCCCGGUCGUUCAGCUUCUUUAAUUGCCUCUGGUGUCAACGGUGUCCUUAACGUCCUUGCUACCAUUCCUCCCAUCUUGUAUCUCGAUCGUCUUGGUCGUCGUGUUGUCUUGAUCUCUGGUGCUUGUAUCAUGGGUGCUGCUAUGUUACUCUGUGGUAUCGUCAUGGGCGCUACAGGUCGUGUCUUUAGAAACGAAGCCUCAGGUCAAAUGGAGGUCGAUAUGUCGGGUAAUUCCCAUGCCUCCUAUUUCUGUAUCGUCAUGGUUUACGUAUUUGUUGCUGGUUUUGCUUAUUCAUGGGGCCCUGUUGGCUGGGUUUACCCUGCUGAAAUCUAUCCUCUUUCCAUUCGUGCUAAGGGUACCUCUAUUACAACCGCUUCCAACUGGCUCAUGAACUUUAUCAUCUCUCUUUUCGUCCCCGUUAUGCUUACUACCAUUACUUGGGGUACUUAUAUCUUCUUUGGUUGUUGUUGUGUUGUCAUGGCUAUCUGUGUUUGGCUCUUUUAUCCUGAGACUAAAGGUCAUUCUCUUGAAGAAAUGGAUCUUGUAUUCUCUGGUAGUAUUCUCGCUUAUAAGAGUAUGAAGAGAAACAAAAACGUUGUAGUUACUAAAGAACAAACUGAUAACGAAAGCGAAUUUGUUGAUGAGAAGGAACAAGCUUAAUUUAAACUCUACAUGGAAAUGUUGAAAGGAAGAAAGAAGGAAAAAAAAAAAAGAAACAUAAAACAAGAGACUGGCUUCUCAAUAUAUCCAUCAAGUAUUAAACUGUUUCUCCUCUUUAUUACUUUUUUUUUUAAUACAUUUUAAAGACACACUCUAAUAUAUUACUUUAUUACUUUUUUUUUUUUUAAAAAAAAAAAAAAGAAAA